UUUUGUAAAUAAGUGCAUAAUAAAAUUUCCAAUGGACUGCGACUUAACUUCAGUCAAAUGUUGUGAUGAGGAAUUUCUUGAUGCCUCGUGUUCCCACCUAUUCAGUAAACUGUUUCAUGAAAUUUACCUUUCUCCUCUGUGCAAGUACAAUUGUUACGAUUUUCACGAUUUUAUUCAGACAAGGGGAUGAUAUUCCCAGUCUCGUCUGGCAUAGUUCGAAUAUACGUAUCGAAACCCUCCAUUCGGACUGGCAGGAAAUUAGAGAAACCAAAUUCGCCGAAUUCAGUAAUGACACCUACAAACCAAAGUAUUUCGUAUACUCGGCUCACCUGGAUAUCUACAAGAACGUUUUACGGAUAAUUGCUGUCACACCAUUGCUUUCUAAACAGAAAUUACACUGUCACAUCUUCGAUGGUGAACUACAACCUGUCGGGGUAUUUGAAGGUAUUAUUAGUGCCACGAAAAAUCCACAGAGCUAUUUACCCUACAGUGCAGCUUACAUCCUUUGCAAACCCGAAGUCAACCUGUUCCGGACUCUUAAAUACGUUUCCAUAUCACCAUUUCCGCAUCAUAAUAGUUCUCAUGGCUUCUCCAACCUUUUACCGAUAAAUCUCCCCCCAGCCAAGAGCGAGAAAGAACCGCACACUUUUUCGGUUUGUGUCCAACCCACGUUCGAUUAUGACAACGUGGCAGAAUUUAUCCAAUGGAUGGAGUUCUAUAAAAACAUGGGCGUUACUCAUUUCACUUUCUACAAUAUGUCAAUCGGGCCAAGAGUCUCGUGCGUGAUGAAAUCUGCUGCCGUUAAUCAAGAAACAGGAAUAACCAUCCUGAACUGGACCGUCCCAAUUAAGGAUCACUUACAGCUCCAUGUAAAUGGUCAACUUGCCCAACAGAACGACUGCCUCCUGAGAUACAGGGGAGUGACAAAGUAUCUCGUGCUGGUCGAUUUUGACGAGUUAAUCAUCCCCAACUAUGUUUAUGCCAGUGAUUUUUUUGAUCUGGUUACUUUAAUGGACAAUGAGUGGUCCAGUCAACCAAGAAAUGGGUCUCUUGCGCAGUAUAAAUUUCGCAGUGCAAUUUUUGACUUUGAUUUUAGCAACUUGUCAGACGUAAAGAAAGAUAUUUACAAAGAUUCCUUCGAGCUGGAAGACUUAAUAGUGUAUAAAUACGUUAUUCGACAACGCGACCUGUAUCCGUCCAAAAUUAGAUCAAAACUGAUCACAAUGCCAUGGCGUGUGCUUGAGCCAGGUGUUCACUUCUUGGACAAAGCGGUUGACGACAGGACAGAGUUUGAAAUAGACCCGGAAAUAGCAUAUGUUCACCAUUAUCGGAGAUUCUAUCACUGCAAAGAUAAUCACACCUGCUAUAAGAUACCGCAGUCGUUGGACUACUUGGCACACUUCUAUGCGGACAAUCUUUACAAAAAGGCCCGAAAUGUGAUUGAUAAACUAGUUGCAGAAUGUAGUUAGCCAUGUAUGUAACCAUACUCAUUUAAAUGUGCAUAAAAGGUUAUGGAGUUUAACAAAAGUUGUGUUUCUGAAUUUCUGAUGAUGUUUCUAAUAAAAAGUUGAUUAAGUGUCGGUCAGAA